GUUGACAGAUGUUUAUUUGAUGAGCGUGUGUAUUUACCUCACGUUUAAUUUAAUUUUAACGUGAAAUGAACGAAAACGAGGAUGAAGUUACAACAUUUUGUGAUUCUGCGGCAUCGUUGGUGGAGGGAUGUCGCUUGCCAGUUCGUAUGCAAGGAGGCGAUGACUGGCCACUAGCGGAAAUUAUUAGUAUAAAAGAAAUACGAGGACAAAGAGGGUAUUAUGUACAUUAUGUUGACUUUAACAAACGUCUGGAUGAAUGGGUCGGGGAGUCAUGGCUGGAUACAAGGAAGGUCCAGUUUCCUAGGCGAGAUGGUGCACCCUCUGGCGGCAGCACCACACCGAAAAAAACCCACAUAGGUUCAGGAGGUGGCAUAAUGCCUCAUUUCAUUAAUGAUAAUGUUUGCCCUGAGCCCCAGAAGUCUCUCAGUAACCACCGAGAGACGGGCGCUAAACAACAACUGCAACCAAAAUUACCUGAAAAAAUACAUAGUACAAAUGCCCUCAAUGGUUCCGCGCAAAAAUAUACACCUGCUAUAUCUGUGACCGUGGAGCCCCGGCAGCUGGUGUCGCGGCCGGCGAGCCCCACGCUGGUGGCGGAGACCAACACCCUCGUGAAUGGCGGCGCGGUGCUCGCCGCCGCGCUGCAGAAGAAGAUCAACAGGAAACGGAAAGCAAACUCACUUGAUACUGAGGAGCCACCGCCUCAAGAGUCGCUAGAUGCGGGCGCGGAGCAGGCGAGCGGCACGGCCACGCCCACCGCGCGGCCGCGCCAGUCCGGCAGCAUGGUGGCGCACGGACACGACGACCUCGUCACGCGCAUGAAGAACAUCGAGAUGAUAGAGCUGGGCCGCCACAGGAUACGCCCCUGGUACUUCGCACCUUACCCGCAGGAAAUGGUCAACCUACCUUGUAUUUACAUAUGUGAAUUUUGUUUGAAGUACAGGAAAAGUAAAAAGUGCUUAGAAAGACACUUGAUUAAAUGUAAAUUGAAACACCCGCCGGGCAAUGAGAUCUACAGGAAGGGCAGUAUCUCUUUCUUUGAGAUCGACGGCCGCAAGAACAAAUGUUAUGCUCAGAAUUUGUGUCUUCUCGCGAAACUGUUCCUCGAUCACAAGACUUUGUACUACGAUACGGAUCCAUUUUUGUUUUAUGUUAUGACGGAAUUUGAUGCAAGAGGUUUUCACAUAGUCGGAUAUUUUUCAAAAGAAAAAGAGAGCACUGAAGAUUAUAAUGUAGCGUGUAUUUUAACUUUACCUCCAUACCAAAGGAAGGGAUAUGGAAAACUACUUAUAGAAUUUAGUUAUAAUUUAUCAAAGUUCGAAGGCAAAACGGGUUCUCCAGAGAAGCCGCUGUCGGAUCUCGGUCUGCUGUCGUACCGCAGCUACUGGGCGCAGACCAUACUCGACAUUCUCAUGAACGUGCCGCCCGUCGCUGAUAACGAUAAACCUAUUAUUACUAUCAAUGAAAUUUGCGAAAUGACGAGCAUAAAGAAAGAGGACGUCAUAAGCACGCUGCAGAAUUUGAAUCUAAUCAAUUAUUACAAAGGGCAGUACAUUAUUUCAGUAAAUCAGGAAAUUGUACAGCAACAUGAGAAAGCGAUGGAGAAAAAAUGGCUUCGGAUCGAUCCUGACUGUUUGUAUUGGACACCUAAAGAUUGGUCUAAACGAGCGAAAUGCGUUUGAAAUGUACCGGAGAUGCUGUCAGCUUUGACAUGUAAAUCUGCUCAAAUACACGAUUAUCCCGUAUUAUUUACGACUCAGUUUUAAUUAUUUUUUACAUAAAAGCACUAAAUGUGACUUGUAAUUAAAUGUGUCCGUAGAGUAGCGCCACUUUAGGUAAUCUUCGAUGUCUAUUUCAAUAGAUUUGACGCUGUUUUAUUACUAGUAUAGUAAUAUUUGUCUAUGUAAUGUAAAUUAGAUCAAAUUGUUUUAAAUUUUAUUGUGAUAUUAAAGAAUAUCGUCGAUGUGAA